CAGUUUGUGACGUCACGUCGGCUAGAUAAAUUGGAAGAAUUUUGAGAAAAAGUUGUGUAGUGGCAGAAAGUGCUUAAUUUUGGGUGCAAAGGUGCGAUAUUUAUGUUAGAUAAUUUAGUUCGAAUUAGUUCUGUGCUUGGUCGAUUGUCACAUAAGCGGCAGGUGCGAUUAUUGACACGUUUUGCAGCAAAAUAUAGUGAAAAACAUUGCAUCAACAUGAGUUUACCAAAGCCCAAUAUUGUGUUUGUUUUGGGGGCUCCUGGUUCCGGGAAGGGCACCCAGUGUGAAAAAAUAGUCAAGAAAUUUGGUUACGUACACCUGUCGGCUGGUGAUUUGCUGCGGGAAGAGCGAAAUCGGGAGGGUUCAGAAUACGGUGAACUCAUUGAGAAUUACAUUCGAAAUGGGAAGAUUGUGCCCGUGGACGUGACCUGUGCCCUAUUGGAGAAUGCCAUGAACCAGAAUAUCAAGGUCAGCGGGAAGGAUAGUUUCCUGAUAGAUGGCUUCCCACGGAAUCAGGAUAACCUCGAUGGCUGGAAUCGACGGAUGGCCGAGAAGGCGAACCUCAAGUUUGUCCUCGUGUUCAAAUGUCCGGAGGAUGCAUGCGUGGAAAGAUGCAUAAAUCGUGGAAAGAGUGGUAGUAAUCGUUCAGAUGACAACAUCGAGAGCCUCAAAAAGCGUUUCGUCACAUUCACCAACGACUCUCUCCCCAUCAUCAAUCACUACAAGGAGCAGAACUUGGUCCGGGAAGUGGAUGCCACCAAGUCUCCCGACGAGGUAUUUGAAGAUGUUAAAGUUCUAUUUGCUGACUAAAAAAAACAAAACAGUAGACAUUUCGAGCUGGGCAUCCUGAGAUAUUUGUCGAUUUUUUCUCAAUUCAUUAGCCGGGAAUUAACAGAGGUUGUGGAAUCUCUUUCUGAUGCUUUUUCUUGAUAGGAUCUUGAGAUUUUUUUUAAGUUUAAAACAAUUAUACCUAUUAAAAAUCCUCGUAGGUUCUGGCAUAAAGUUGAAAAUAAAAGCUUACAAAUAUUUUGAUUCUCCACUUUCUUUCACUUUAAUUAAGAAAUAAAUAAUA